AUGGUCGUCUGGCCAGCACUCGCGCGGGCAAUGUGUGCGCGCUACGGCGUCCGCGCGCCGAUCGUCCAGGCGCCGAUGGCCGACGCCGUCGACUGGCGCGUCGCUGCGGGCGCGGCGCGGGCGGGCGUUCUCGGUAGCAUUCCCUGUGCAACACUCGCGCCUGAUGCCAUCGCUCCUGCAGCACAGAAUUUCCGGGAAACUGCCCUUGGCGCGCCGCUGCAUCUCAACUUUUUUACGACGCACGACGCUGCGGCGCCGACGGAAGCGCGACAAGCGCGCUGGAUGGAGGAACUGGCGCCUUACUAUAAGGAGGCCGGCGCGACGCCGCCGUCGAGCGCCGAACUCGUAGCGACAAACGGUCGCGCUUCUUUUGACGAGGCCGCGUGCGCGGCCGUCGAGGCCGUCAGACCGGAUAUCGUUUCAUUUCACUUUGGGCUGCCGGAGGACGCGCUCCUGGACCGCGUGAGGGCCACCGGCGCGAGCGUGUGGUGCACCGCCACGACCGUCGCCGAAGCUCACGCACUCGCCCGACGCGUCGACGUCAUCAUUGCCCAGGGCGCCGAGGCGGGCGGCCACCGGGGCUCGUUCCUCGGCAAUUGUUACGUGAAACCGCCGCUGGUCGGGACCAUGGCCUUGGUGCCACAGAUCGUCGACGCCGUCAGCGUGCCGGUGAUCGCGGCCGGUGGCUUGGCGGACGGUCGCGGCGUCGUCGCGGCGCUCGCGCUUGGGGCGAGCGGCGUGUCCGUGGGCACGACGUUCCUCCGCGCAAACGAUGCAUUGAUCAACGACGGCCACCGCGCCGCUUUGGAAUCGAGCCGCGACGAUGCCACGGUUGUCACGAACGUAUACUCAGGCCGGCCCGCUCGCGGCUUCGCGAACCGCCUCGUGCGCGAGCUGGGGCCUAUUUCUCCAGCAGUGCCCGAAUUUCCCUGGGCGUCGACGGCGGCGAAGCCGCUAUCUACCGCGAGUGGAGAGUUCCACGGUAGCCGAUGGGCGGGGCAGGCCGCGGCGAUUGCGUCUCCGCGGGGCGACGGGGAGGCCGUCGCAGCGUGGCUUGUCGCGGACGCGGAGCGGGUGUUGGGUGGGCUCCUGUAGAUUGUUAAGCAUACCAUAAGUAUACCAUAAGUAUACCAUAAGUAUACCAGACAAGGCUCCCAUAGCUUUGCUUUGCAACCCAGAGAGCGACAAGACACGUCUGAUUUGAGGCGCGUUAGUUAGCCCUUUGCUGAGAACGAUAGAAUAUCGAUCGACCCUGGCAAGCUAAGGUCCUGGCACCACUGAAAUCAAGCUCAUGGUUGUCCUCGCACCUCCUCCGGCGCCGCGAUUGCAGGCUGUCGCCGUCAGUCUAUGCAUUAAUGGCGGCGCGAUGAUAGCCUGGGCCAGGCACGUCUUCAAGCACAAGGGUAUCAUCGAGGGGAUCGAGGGCCCGCGCGCCAUAGAAAAAAAGACAGAACUUGACGCGAUGAUAUGGAAGAUCCUAUCAUUUUGGAUGGUGUGCGUCGGCGUAAUGUGCAUCUUGGUUGCCGACUCGCCACUGGCGCCCCAGGCCGCGAUGCUGGUUGCGACGGCGCACUUUGUCGAGAUGUAUUUCAAGUCCCAAGCAGCCGAAAGGAAAAUCAGGCAGGCCGCGCUCGGCAACAUGAUCCUCGGUACCUUCUUGGUUAUGACGCUAUUGAUGGACUAUCGCCGGCCCGAGCGGGUGACCAGCCAGCUGGACGAGACUCACAAGAGCUCCGGACGCCACGCCAGACAUCCAUUGUUUUGGUUGUUUAUUAUUUUUGUCGGCUGUUCUGGGAUACUUUCACCUGCUCAGCGCACUCCGCCGUCGGCGGAGGCUCCAGAUGCCUCGCUCGUAGCCUAA